GUUUUACAUAGCGCCAAAAUUAGUUGAAAGAUAUUUUUCCUUUACCUUUUCUUUAACAAAUACUGUAAGAGAUAUCUCUUCUCUUUACAGUUUACACUCUUAUCCACCAUGGCAUCUUCUUCUCCAUCCCCUUUCUCUGCUACACUCUCCUUUGCAAAUCCAUCGUCAGUGCCUAGACCCCGAGCUUCAACUUUUUCUGUGCUAAACACAAGAGCUAUGUCCAAAGAUCUUUAUUUCAACCAUGAUGGUUCAACCACAAAGAAACUUCUUGCAGGGGUGGACUUAGUGGCAGAGCUGCUUGGUGUUACAUUGGGUCCUAAGGGGAGAAAUGUUGUGUUGCAUAACAAGUAUGGACCACCCAAGAUUGUAAAUGAUGGAGAGACUGUUCUCAAAGAGAUUGAAUUGGAAGAUCCAUUGGAAAAUGUUGGAGUUAAAUUGGUAAGACAAGCAGGUGCAAAAACCAAUAUCUUAGCUGGUGAUGGCUCAACUACUUCUGUUAUUCUUGCUCAUGGCUUAAUCAAAGAGGGAACAAAGGUUAUUGCAGCUGGAAUGAAUCCUAUCCAAAUUGCUCGCGGGAUUGAGAAGACAGCAAAAGCACUUGUUUCUGAACUUAGUUUGAUGUCUAGAGAAGUUGAGGAUCAUGAACUUAAAGAUGUUGCAGCAGUAAGCGCAGGGAACGAUUAUAUAGUGGGAAACAUGAUUUCCGAGGCUUUGCAUAAAGUAGGAAGAAAAGGAGUAGUGACAAUUGAAAAAGGAAAGAGCAUUGACAAUAGUCUAGAGAUAGUAGAAGGAAUGCAAUUUGAUCGUGGAUAUAUGUCUCCAUACUUCGUCACAGAUCGAAGAAAGAUGACAGUUGAACUUCAAGACUGCAAGUUGCUAUUAGUUGACAAAAAGAUCACAAAUCCAAAGGAGCUACUUAACAUAUUGAAUAGCGCGGUGAAAGAGAAGUAUUCAAUUUUGAUAGUUGCAGAGGGAAUUGAGCAGGAUGCACUUGCUCCAAUUAUUAAAAAUAAACUUAGGGGUGUACUUAAAGUUGCUGCUAUUAAAGCUCCUGCGUUUGGUGAACGCAAGACUCACUAUUUAGAAGAUAUUGCCAUCUUGACUGGAGGUACCGUAAUAAGAGAAGAUAUGAAUUUCACCUUAGAAAAGGCUAGUAUGAAUGUGCUUGGUUCAGCUACCAAGAUUGUCAUAACAAGAGAUUCUACCUUAGUAGUCACUGAUGGCAGUACUAAAGAAGCUGUUGAAAAGAGGGUGUCUCAACUAAAGACCCUUAUUGAGAAUACUGAAGAAAAUUUCCAAAAGAAUAUAAUAAAUGAAAGGAUAGCAAGAUUAUCAGGGGGCAUUGCCAUUCUUCAGGUAGGAGCACAAACACAAGUAGAGUUGAAGGAUAAACAACUAAGAAUGGAGGAUGCCUUAAAUGCAACAAAGUCGGCAAUUGACGAAGGUGUAGUAGUUGGUGGUGGCUGUAGCCUUUUAAGGCUAUCUCAAAAGGUGGAUAGCAUAAAAGAUCUCCUUGACAAUGAAGAGCAAAAGAUUGGUGCUGAAAUCUUCAAAAGAGCUUUGAGCUAUCCUACUAGAAAGAUAGCAAAAAAUGCUGGUGUAAAUGGCAAUGUUGUCAUAAAUAAGGUUUUAUCAGAUGAUAAUAUGAAUUUUGGUUACAAUGCUGCUACAGACUGUUAUGAGGAUCUCAUGAAGGCUAGAAUCAUAGAUCCAACAAAGGUAGUUAGAUGUUGUAUAGAGCAUGCAGCUUCUGUGGCCAAGACAUUUCUAACAGCAAAUGCUGUUGUGAUCGACCGCAUGGAGCUACAACGACCAUUACCACGUAGAAAGCCCAUGGCUAUGCCUAGCAAUCCCAUGGCUAUGCCUAGAAAUCCCAUGGCUAUGCCUAGCAAUCCCAUGGCUAUGCCUAGAAAUCCCAUGACUAGUUCAGGUUUAGGACCACUUGGAUUUUAAAACGAAAAGUUGUACAGUUUAGAAUUCGGCUUGACACCUUCGAGUUACCAUCCAAGUAUUCAUUCAGAAAGACCAAUGAAGAAGCAUCCAAGUAUUCGGCUUUGCAGUUUGCACAAAUGGGAGCAUUGAUCGACAAGGGACGCUCAGUUAGCUUCAAAAACCACAAGCUGUUCAAUUAGUAAGGGAAAUGCUUAAACUUGAAUGACUCCACAACCUAGCAGAAGGAAAAUGCUUGCCUCAAUUAGUAUUAAAAUCAUUUUUGAAUAUUUAUCAAAGUCACCAAUCUUUAUAUCAGACUGAAAAAUAACAUUUUAAAGUCAUUGAUCUGUAUAUCAACCUCCAAUCUUCGACAAA